AUGGUAUCGAAUGAAAGAGUAAUUAAAUUUCAAGAUCAACAAGAAUGUUUUAUUAAAAGAUCAUCAAAUAAACAUAAAGAUAGGAUAGAAACAAUUAAUAAUUUAUUUUUUAAAAAUAAUCAUUUAUCUAAACAACAUGGUAUGAUUAAAUAUGAUAAAAAAAAAGGUUUUACAAUAAAAGAUACUGAUUCUACUUUUGGUACAAUUUUAAAUGAUUAUGUUUUAAUUCCUGGAAUUGAAAAUAAUUUAUGGAAUAAUGAUAAAUUAGGUUUAAUUUUAUCAUUACCUUCACAUCAAAUUAAUAAAAUUUUAAAAGAUGGUAAAUCAUAUGAUGAAUAUGCAAAAACUAUACCAUUAAAAAAAUUUGAUUAUCCAAAAAUUAAUUUAGAAUUUAAAGUUUUAAUUAAUGAUAAUGUUUUAAAAUUAAUUCCAUUGAAUGGUGAAAAAUCUAAUGCUUCUGAUAAAGAUGUUUCUACUGAUUCAACAUCUGAUCACACUAAAUCAACAACUGAAGUCAUUACUAUUGACGUUGAAGAAGAAGAAGAAUUAGAUAAUAAGAAUAAUAAACAACAAUCUUCUGAUAAAACAACUUCAUCAAAUAAAAAGAAUGACAAUCAAACUAAACAAAAUAGAGAUGUCAGUGAUGUACAAAGUCAAGAUAACGCUAAAGAUAGUGAAGAUGAAUCAUUUGAAAAUGAUGAAGAAGCUGAUCAAUCAGCUUUAUACAUUACAAGUACUAAAUCCAAUAAAGAAGUUUAUUCAGCAACUACUACUCCUUUUGUAUUAGAUACAGAAGAAUUUGAUCAUUCAACUGAAAAUGAAAAGGGUAAAAAUGUAGAAAAUGAACAAGAUAGUUCUGGUAUUGAUACUCCAAGUGGAGAAGAUAAAGAAAUUGAUGAAAUUGAUGAUUAUAAUUCAGAUGAUGCACCAAGUGAACAUAGUAUUACUUAUGGAAAUAAAGGUUUUGAAAUGGAAGAUUUUUCUGAAAGUAAUGGAGAAGAAGAUGAACCAUUAUGUAUAAUUUGUCAUCUUGAACUUUGUGAAGAUUUUGAUGAUAUGGAAACUUUGAUUUGUUAUGAAUGUCAACAUGAAGAAGAUGAUGAAGAAGAUGAAGAAGAAAGGGAACAAGUAGAAACUAGAAUGAUUCUUAAUCAUUUACGUCAUGAAGCUGUACCUAGUAUUGAUGAAGCUAGGGUGAAUUGUACUUGUCCUGAUUUUGCACCUUGUAUUUGUGGUAAUUAUGGAAGAGGAGCAUCAUGUGUUGUAGAAGGUUCUGAAAUAGAAGAAGUAGAAGAUAUUGAUGAUGACGAAGUUGAAGAAGAUAUUGAAGAAGAGGAAGCUUCUGAUGCUUUACAUGAAUGUAUUUGCGGUCUUUGUCCUGAUUAUAAUGAUCAUGACAAUGAUGAUGAUGAUCAAUUAGAUUCUGAAAAUGAUGACGAAGAAGAAGAAGAAUUGAAAGAAAGAAACGAAACCAAGAGUCUUCCAAGAGCAAGUUUUACAUAUUGGCCAUCAAUAUCAAAUGAAUCAAAAAGAAAACAUGAUGAAAUUGAAAAUAAUGAUUCAGAUGAUGAAUUUAUAAAAGAAUUUGAAUCAGAUGAUGAAAUUUUAAAUGAAUUUGAAUCAGAUGAUGAAAAUGAACCACCAAAAAAGAAACGUAAUAUUGAAAAAACAUCUCAAUCUCAAUCAAAAACAAAAUCAAUUUUAAAAGAAGUUGGAAAAGGUUUAUUUUAUGUUGGUGCUACAAUCACUGCUUUAGGAAUUUAUGGAUCACAACUUUCUUCUGAUGAAUUAACUAGAAGGUAA